AUGUCCACAAGCUCACAAAUCAAUUACGUAAACGGCAUUCGUAAACCAGUCUUGCUUACCAGUGACAACGACAUGUUCUACUCAAUGCAACAACAGCUCAAAGGUGGAGGGAGCGGAGACAUGGCGACGAUGAGCGUAAAAGAGGUCAGCUUCCACUCGACGACUUCACGAAAGACGGUGGUGUCUAGGAGUAGAUGGGCGACGGAAGACGGUGGCUUUGGUGAUUACACUUUCUCGGCUUCCUCACCCGCCCCGAUAAAGACUUCGCCUGACAACGAGCUCCGGAACAUCGAACAACCGCCACUUUGGGAUCAGAGGAUUCCCAAAAUCAUGCAUAUGCGGCCGCCCAAUUGCGCUUUUUACCUCCAAAACGCAAGACAAUCCUGGCCGCCCUUUCUACAAGAUCACUACUUUAGAUGGGUAGAAGAAUGGACGCUAGACGAACUUCAAGAUGUUCUUGCCAAAAUCGACAGGCCAGAGGUUCACAUCGGUUCGAGUAGCUCAGAUCUAGAAGACUUGAAAGAGCUUGUUCAAGAGUUAAGUGACACUACAAUACAGCUUUCUCGGGAUGUCCAGAGAUCGAAGCUCAUUGCAAUCUCCUCAACCGGAUUACUAAUCUUAGUCAUUGCUGCAUUAGCCUACUUCAAAUUUAGAACAAUCUUUUUCUAG